GGCAAUAGCGUGAGAUUCCAUGAAAAUCUGCCUAGCAUCGCUCGUCAACGUGCGCACAUAUGAAAAUACGACUUUCAAGAGAGUUGCAAGCAGUCGCGAGUUGUGAUAUACCGAGCUAUACUCUGAACGUCGGGUAAAUGGCGAAAUAUAUACGACGACACUAGGACAAAGUGAGAUCUUUUCGUCCAAAGGAGUGCUUCGUCGGUUCGUUGGUCCGAUUGAAUUCUCGUGUCGCUGACGGACCAAGCACGACGACACAGUUACGUUGUUUUUCGCAGUGGAAAACGACACGUCUUUGGAAGGAUGGCGACCUGACCCCUUCCGAAUAAUGGAAUACUGUGCACAACGAUUGUCAGUUUGAAAUACAUUCAAUUGGUGCUAUUAAGCUUACAAGAUGGCAGACGUUGAUCCUGAAACUUUAUUGGAAUGGCUUAGUAUAGGCCAAGGAGAUGAAAGGGACAUGCAGUUAAUUGCUCUAGAGCAAUUGUGCAUGUUACUACUUAUGUCUGACAAUGUUGAUCGAUGCUUCGAAUGCUGUCCUCCACGCACAUUUCUUCCUGCAUUAUGUAGAAUUUUUUUGGAUGAUUUUGCACCGGAUAACGUCUUAGAAGUGACCGCUCGAGCCAUUACAUAUUAUUUGGAUGUUUCUGCAGAAUGUACUCGCAGAGUUGUAGCUAUGGAAGGUGCUGUAAAAGCUAUUUGCAGUCGCCUAUCUGGAGCUGGAUUAGGUUCCAGAACUAGUCGGGAUUUAGCAGAGCAAUGCAUAAAGGUGUUAGAACUUGUUUGCGCGAGAGAAGCUGGUGCUGUAUUCGAAGCUGGUGGCCUUCCAUGUGCCUUGUGCUUUAUUCGAGAGCAUGGAGCUCGUGUUCAUCGGGACACGUUGCAUUCAGCAAUGGCUGUAGUUACCCGUUUAUGUGGAAAAGUGGAACCUCAAGAUAAAUCUUUGCCAGAUUGUGUUGAAGCUUUAUCAACGUUACUCAGACACGAGGAUGCACAUGUUGCCGAUGGCGCGCUUCGUUGUUUUGCAUCAUUAGCUGAUAGAUAUUCACGAAGAAAUACCGAUCCUGCUCCGUUAGCAUGCAAUGGAUUGGUUUCUGAACUCUUACACAGGCUAUCAAAUGCAGCAGGGCCUGGUACAUCGAUAGCAGCUACUUCUGGAAAUCCAAAGACGCCUCCACCUUCUAGUACAGCAUCAACAAUUCCUGCUCCAGAAGCAAAAUCUUGUGCUUCUGUUUCUACUAUAAUCAGUCUUCUAUCGACACUCUGUAGAGGAUCGCCUUCUAUAACGCAUGACCUUCUACGGUCCGAGCUACCAGACGCGAUUGAAAAAGCUUUGAAAGGAGAUGAGCGAUGUGCUCUUGAUUCCAUGAGAUUAGUCGAUUUAUUGUUGGUUUUACUAUUCGAAGGCAGAUCAGCGUUAGGUCGUAAUACAACUGGAGGUCCGCCAGGCCCUUUAAUACCACGAUUUAGGCGUUUAGAUAGUGCUGGAGAAAAGUCUCACAGACAAUUAAUUGACUGUAUUCGAUCUAAAGACACAGAAGCAUUAAUAGAAGCUAUAGAUUCUGGAGGCAUCGAAGUAAAUUUCAUGGAUGAUGUCGGGCAAACAUUGCUUAACUGGGCAUCUGCUUUUGGAACUCAAGAUAUGGUUGAAUUUUUGUGCUUUAGGGGAGCAGAUGUUAAUAAAGGUCAAAGAUCGUCUAGUCUGCAUUAUGCUGCUUGCUUUGGAAGACCAGCUAUUGCUAAAGUAUUACUUAAGUAUGGAGCGAAUCCCGAUUUACGAGAUGAGGAUGGAAAAACACCGUUAGAUAAAGCUAGAGAACGCGUAGAUGAAGGGCAUAGAGAAGUGGCAGCUAUACUGCAAUCUCCUGGAGAGUGGAUGUUACCAAAUCAAGAACACAGAAAGCCAGAAACUGAAACCGAAUUUACAGAACCGAAAGGUGAUCCCGAAAUGGCUCCGGUAUAUUUGAAAAGGCUUUUACCUGUAUUUUGUGCGACAUUUCAAUCGUCUAUGUUGCCCAGCGUUAGGAAAGCCAGUUUAAAUUUAAUUAGAAAGAUGGUCCAUUACAUUCAACCAGAAUUACUUGUCGAAACAUGUGGUUCUGAUAGAACAGGAGGUUGCGGAGCUAUGCUCGUGGAAGUGAUUGCCAAUGUACUGGACAACGAGGAGCUUGAGUUAAAAACAUCAUCACCACCACUUCCGCCUCUCAAGCCGUUAAUUGGCCAAAAAUUGCGUUGCCUCUCGUCGCGCAAGUCUUCCAGUUCCCUGAACUACAUUGUUGAUAAGACGGAGGAUGAAGAUGGACACUUAGUGGUUUUACAAAUGAUACAAGAUUUGAUGGUAAAAGGCAAAGAUGAAUUUCUAGAACAUUUCGCUCGUUUGGGAGUCUUUUCAAAAGUUGCUGCAUUAGCUGGACCACAAGAGACUACACCAGAACCAGAAGCUGAAACGAAUCAAUCCGGAGAAGAGCAAAGAAUGGAAGAUGCGAGAGAACUUUUGGUUGGAAGAGCUUAUCAUUGGAGAGAUUGGUGCAUUUGCAGAGGACGCGAUUGCUUAUAUGUCUGGUCCGAUGCGGCUGCUUUAGAAUUGUCAAACGGAAGUAACGGAUGGUUCAGGUUUAUACUUGAUGGGAAAUUAGCAACAAUGUACUCCAGUGGAAGUCCGGAAGGUGGAACAGAUACAUCAGGAAAAGGGAGGAACACAGAGUCCGUUGCCACCGAAGAGAAUCGUGGUGAAUUUUUGGAGAAACUGCAAAUAGCACGAAGUCAAGUAAAACCAAAUUCUGCGAGUCAGCCUGUGUUAUCGCGUCCUGGUGCGACUCGGUUAGUUGUAGGAAAUUGGGCAUUGUCCAGCAGAAAAGAAAACGAAUUAUGUAUACAUAAUAGCGACGGUCUACAACAAGCAACUAUUUUAAGAGAAGAUUUGCCAGGUUUUAUUUUUGAAUCGAACCGUGGUACAAAGCAUUCCUUCACUGCAGAAACAAGUUUGGGUCCAGAAUUUGCAGCAGGUUGGGCUGGUAAAAGAGGAAAGAGAUUAAGAUCUAAGAUCGAAGCCAUUAAGCAGAAAGUUAAAGUACAAGCUCAGGAGAUUUACGAACGUUACUUUAAGGCCGCUCAGGCUCAACCGCGUGGAGUAGUCGCUAAACUGGGAACCAUCGUUAGCCAAAUAGAAAAAGCUUGUCAAAAACAACAAUCUGGAAAUCGAGAAUGGCGUAAUAUAUUACAAAGUGCAUUAGAAGAACUUAAAAUUCUAUUAAACGAAGAGGGAAGAGUGUCUGCAUACGAAUUACAUUCUAGCGGUUUGGUACAAGCGUUGCUUGCUUUAUUAGCAGCUCCACCAGGACCACAACCACCGACCUUAAGAGCAACGAAGCUCAGAAUGCAACGAAUAGCAGUAUUUAAAAGUUGUUUUCACACGGCAGAUGUCAACAAAGAAUAUAACUCUGCUAAAAUUCUAGUCCAUAAAUUGGUUUCAGUUUUGGAAUCCAUUGAAAAAUUACCCGUUUAUUUGUACGAUACGCCAGGUUCGGGUUACGGAUUACAAAUUCUAACUAGGAGAUUACGUUUCCGUUUAGAAAAAGCAGCUGGUGAAAGCUCUUUAAUAGAUAGAUCUGGUCGAAGCUUAAAGAUGGAACCAUUGAGUACUAUACAGCAAUUAGAGAAUCAUUUGUUGAAAAUGGUAGCGAAACAAUGGCACGAUCACGAUAGAUCGACGUUUACAUUUGUAAAAAAACUGAAAGAGGGAAAUAGAAUCACCUUCAAAUAUCAAUACGACUUCGAUGAAAACGGUUUGUUGUACUGGAUCGGAACAAAUGCAAAAACUUGUUCAGAGUGGGUUAACCCGGGUCAAUACGGUUUGGUUGUCGUUACAUCGAGCGACGGAAGACAUUUGCCAUAUGGUCAUAUUGAAGACAUUCUAAGUCGGGAUCCAUCAGCGUUAAAUUGUCAUACAAACGAUGAUAAACGCGCGUGGUUUUCGAUCGAUUUAGGUGUCUGGAUUAUCCCAACUGCUUACACAUUGAGACACGCGAGAGGGUAUGGCAGAAGUGCGUUGCGAAAUUGGACGUUUCAGGCAUCGAAAGACGGUGUAACUUGGACUACACUCUAUGCUCACGUGGACGAUUCGUCGUUAAACGAACCCGGCAGUACAGCCACUUGGACGUUAGAACCACCGAUCGACGAAACACAAGGCUGGCGUCAUUUACGAUUACAACAAAUUGGGAAAAACGCUUCUGGUCAAACGCAUUAUUUGUCCGUAUCUGGAUUUGAAGUUUAUGGCGAAGUUACCGGAGUUUGCGAAGACUUAGGACGAGCGGCUAGAGAAGCCGAGGCUGGAGUUCGAAAACAACGAAGAUUAAUUAAAUCUCAAGCACUUCGUCAUUUCGUUGCUGGUAGUAGAGUAGCUAGAGGCUUGGAUUGGAAGUGGAGAGAUCAAGAUGGUGUACCACCAGGUGAAGGAACUGUAACAGGGGAACUGCACAAUGGUUGGAUAGACGUAACAUGGGAUCAUGGUGGUUCCAAUUCUUAUAGAAUGGGCGCAGAAGGGAAAUACGAUCUGAGAUUAGUUGGUAUUGGCCUUGAUACAGAUAACGGGACAAAAAGUAAAAGUGCUAGUGGAGUUUUAACAGGACGAAAAUCUAGCAGUACUCCUAGUUUACCAGAUUGUACUGAUACCGCGAUGCGUGGUUCAGUAGCGUCAACAGAUCAAGCAGCAAGCGCUGACAAUUUGGCAGCUAAGCAAGCCGCCGAAUCGAUAGCAGAAAGUGUGUUAUCGGUAGCUCGCGCUGAGGCGGUUGUUGCUGUAACCGGUGAAGGUGGAGCAAACUCGACGAGUGAAUUGUCUGUUGUAUUACAUCCAAGGCCCGACACUACCGUGACAAGUGAUCUGGCAACAAUCGUUGAGAGUCUUGCCCUUAACACUGACUGCCCUGCCAACAGUAACAGCAAUCGUGCAUCUAGUAGUUCAAAGCCAUUGUUUCCUAGUGUGCGAGGGAAUAAGCAAGUAGUAAGUUUACUGAGUUUGGAUGCUGCUGAAGCUCUGGACCGUGUCAGAGAAGGAGCCGACAGAUUACGCAAUAACACUAAUAGCUUUUUAAGUGGAGAGUUACUUAGUUUGGUGCCUGUAAGAAUCAGUGUAUCGGGUGAAUCCGAGGAAAAUUCAUUGAGGAUUAAACCAGUGCAAAGGCAUCAUUCUGGAAUUGCUGAUGCUGCUAAAGAAUGCAGCCGGGACAAAGAAGCUAGUUCAUCAACGCAAAAUACAACAGGAGGGUGUCCUGUUGUUGUUACCAAUCCCAUGUCUGUGUCUGUUCCCAACCUUGCUUGUUCAGAUACUAAUAGUGCUUUGGAAUCAACAACUGCUACUGGUUUAUUGGAAACUUUCGCCGCAAUGACUCGAAGACGAACAUUGGGACCUACCGGUGGACAGCACAUUGCUUCAAAUUCCAAUACUGGUUCAAAUUCACGCGGACCUAGUUCUGUGUCGAGUUUAGUUCGACUCGCUCUGAGUCCUAAUUUUCCUGGUGGAUUACUAAGUACUGCGCAAAGCUAUCCAAGUUUAACCAGCAGUGGUCAAGUAGCUGGUAGCGGUGUUACGACAACGACCGGACCUGGCUUAGGACAAGCUCUCACAAUGUCAUUGACCAGUACAAGCAGCGACAGCGAACAGUUAUGGCUGCAGGUUAGUCUUGAGGACUUUUUGGAAUCUUGUGGAGGUGUUGCGAGUUCCAGUGCCGGUGGAGGUAGAGCAGGAGGUGGACCAACUCUUUUGACUGAAUUAGAGGACGACGAAGAUGGCGUUCUCGAAGAGGAAGAAGAUAACGAUGAGAACGAUCAAGAAGAAGAUGAUGAAGAGAACGAAGAAGAAGGAGAUGGUUGCGAAGCCGAUUAUGAAGAGGUAAUGGUAAGUCGCAACUUACUGGCGGCGUUUAUGGAAGAAGAAACUCCUCAAAGCAGUAAGAGACGUGCCUGGGAUGACGAGUUUAUUCUGAAACGUCAUUUCUCAGCUUUGAUUCCUGCCUUCGAUCCACGACCUGGUCGAACAAAUAUUAAUCAGACAACAGAUUUAGAAGUUCCACCACCUGGCAGUGAAACUCAAUCGAGCGCACGCGUAGGAUCAUUGCCUAUGCCUAGGCUUUCUUUGACAUUGAAGGGUCCAGGACUUCCGGGCGUGACAGACGUUGAAUUACCACUUACAGAACCACAUGCCAGUAUUUUCCAAGCAGUGCAGGAAUUAAUGCAAUUAACAGAACUAGGAAGUCGACAAGAAAAGCUAAGAAGAAUAUGGGAACCAACUUACACUAUAAUAUACAAAGAAGCUAGGGACGAGGAAUCAUCUGGAAGGGCAACGCCAAUUGUAACAUUGUAUUCUCGUAGUACCACUCAAAAUUCUUCAGUGUGCACCGUAGAAGAUGUUUUGCAACUCUUGAGACACGUUUAUGUAUUAAGUACUACUCGCGAUGAUGGUAAACACGCCGAUUACGAAGAAUCCGAGGAGUCGACGUGUUGGGUUCAUCCGGACGACUUUACUUCAAAGAAAAUCACAAACAAAAUAGUACAACAAAUUCAAGAUCCCUUAGCACUAGCUGCGGGGGCGUUACCAAAUUGGUGCGAAGAAUUGGCAAGGAGUUGUCCAUUUUUGUUACCAUUCGAAACUAGACGAUUAUACUUUAGUUGUACUGCAUUCGGAGCAUCACGAUCAAUCGUGUGGCUUCAAACUCAAAGAGACGCUGUUCUCGAACGACAAAGGGCACCUGGUUUAAGUCCACGACGCGAUGACAGUCACGAAUUUCGCGUAGGGAGACUAAAACACGAAAGGGUCAGUGUACCUAGGGGAGAGAAAUUAUUAGACUGGGCAGAACAAGUACUAAAGGUACACGCAAGUCGAAAGAGUAUACUAGAAGUUGAGUUCGUUGGCGAAGAAGGUACUGGUCUUGGGCCAACGCUGGAAUUCUUCGCGUUAGUUGCUGCAGAGUUACAACGCAAAGAUUUGGGUUUGUGGUUGUGCGAUGACGAAGACACACCUGAAACUGAACAGUCUCGAGUUUCUGGAGAGCAAGUACGACCUGCAGGAUAUUAUGUAACUCGACCAAGUGGUUUAUUCCCUGCUCCAUUGCCGCAAGAUUCUCUAGCUUGUGACCGCGCCGUUCGAUACUUCUGGUUUUUGGGUGUGUUCUUGGCAAAAGUUUUGCAGGAUAAUAGAUUAGUUGAUUUACCAUUGUCCCGUCCGUUCUUAAAAUUAAUGUGCCACGGAGACAUCACAAACAAUGUGAAUGAGAAGAUUGGCCUUACCGGUGUUACUCAAGAAAGUAUGUCGUCCAGUAUGUCGAGUAGUUUUAUAUCGGAAGAGGGUGAGGCAGAUGCAGCAUACACGUCGUUAGAACCUUCGCCAUGGUAUGCUGGCUUAUUGGACAUCGAGGAUCUCGUACUUGUGGACUCUGUGAGAGGUCAAUUUCUAAAAGAAAUACAAACUGCGACUAAUAAACGCGAUAGAACUUUCUCCGAUGGACGAAGCUCUGCCGACGAAGAGACAUCGCUAUAUAUUACACAUCCAUCCGGAAUGUCAGUUCCUAUCGAGGAUUUGGCUUUAACGAUGACCUACUCUCCAAGUUCUAAAAUUUUUGAACACGAUCAGUUGGAGUUGGUAGAAGGUGGUGCAGAAGUUUCGGUUACCAUGGAAAAUGCAAGAGAAUAUUCUGAAAUGACGAUUAAUUAUUGUCUCGACCGAGGAAUUUCUAGACAACUCGAAUCAUUCAGAUCCGGUUUCUCAAAGGUCUUUCCGAUGGAAAAACUGCACGCUUUUAGCCCAGAAGAAAUUAGGGCUAUGCUUUGCGGAGAACAAAAUCCACAAUGGACCAGAGAAGAUUUGCUCAAUUAUACUGAGCCGAAACUGGGUUACACGAAAGAAAGUCCUGGAUUCCAGAGAUUUGUCAACGUUCUAGUUUCAUUGACUGGCCCAGAGAGAAAGGCUUUUUUACAGUUCGCAACUGGAUGUUCAGCUUUACCUCCUGGAGGAUUAUGUAAUUUACAUCCUAGAUUGACUGUAGUGCGAAAGGUGGACGCUGGUUCAGGUGGUUAUCCCUCUGUUAACACCUGUGUUCAUUAUUUAAAAUUACCGGAGUACCCUACCGAAGAACAACUUAAAGAAAGACUCUUGGCUGCGACCAAGGAAAGAGGAUUUCACUUAAAUUAAUCUUGUUUCUGCUCAGGCAAGGAACUGCUAUGAUAAUAUAAUCAGAAAUACUCGCUCUUAAAGUGUGCGAAUCGAACUUUGCUUGACAGAUUGAAUCGUGCAGUCUUCAUACGAAAGCAGAGUCUGGCCUUGAUGUUAUUUAAAAACCUUAAAAUAAUUGUCCAAUAGGAAUCAGAUUUUAUAUACAACCUGGAACGGAUACGUGCGUAUCAUUUAAACCUGUUUAAAUGAAAUCAAUGAGGUUACUCGAUGCAUUGUGAAUUUUCGAACACGUAAGUCGUGUCUUUAAUCUUGGGCUUAAAUUUGUACAUUUUAAAAGAAAUUUAUAAUGAAACAAAUAGUGUCCAACUAUAUCGUUCGAUUUCUCGUUAUUCAUCUAAGAUUCUUUAAUAAGGAACUACUUUUUAAAUCUAUACUGUAACAUUCGUUACAGUGCAGAAUAGCGCGUUAACCUAUAAUAAAUAAUAAAAGGAUCGAUAUACAUAUAAUUUGACAGAUUCUUGCAGGUUAUCCGUUCCAAGUGUUGGUCAUGCGAUAUGAGUUUUGUCCGAUACAAUAGAAAUUGUAUUUUCUCAAGAAAUGUAAUUCAUGCGAGUCGUUUCAAGUAUAUUUGCUGUCCUUGUGGAACAAGAACUUUACAGUUCCUCAUUUUAGAACGAAUGUUCGUACUGUCUUCUUUGUGAAGUAUUGUUGUGCUUGGAAAGUGAUUCGUAUUGUAAGAAAAGAGGCACCUUUGAUGAAAAUUUCUAUUUUCUUUAUCAGAAUGCCUCUUGCGGUACACAUGCACGUUGUUAAAACGCGCGAGAUGUAAAUCAAAAUUGACUUGUGCAAAGUGCUAAGUUUUUAUUAAUCACAAUAAGAAUGAUGUUUUUUAGCAUCUAGACCAAUUUUCACAGCUUCAAAUGCUUGUCCUUUUGUCCGAAUAUUAGCGCAUCACCAACCUUCUAAAGACGCACGAAUGUCUUUUAAACAUAAGUAAAAAUGGAGCAAGAAAAGUAUGAGGUGUAAAACAUUCUGAUGAAAGCGUUACGAAGACUUGGCAAGCUGAGCACUCUGCAUCUUUGUACAAUAUGCUACUUAAUGCUCACUCGAUAAUUAUAAUUAUAGGUGGAAAUCAGUAUACUUGUAAUAAUA